AUGCAUAAAUUGUGGCUGCGAAACACGCUAUUUUGCCUUGCCAUGCUGGCAAACUACGGCCUUGUUGCAACCCAAGCCCUUAACAGGGAAAUGGAAAUGAGACGCCUACAAAAGCCACUUAGCUUAAAUGCCGUCGAUUACCUCACUCCUGCUGCUGCUGCUGCUGCUGGCAUUGAUGUGGAUUUCUCGCCCAAUGACCUGCCUUUGGACUUUAAUCAUGAUGGCCGCAUUAUUGGCGGCCAGGUGACAUCCAUUCUAAACUAUCCCUUUGUGGUGUCACUGCAGUAUCACAAGUCACACAUUUGCGGUGGCUCCAUAUUGACACCCAAUAUAAUUCUCACCGCUGCCCAUUGCAUCGAGAGUCCCCAGGAUGUUGCCUCCUUUUCGGUACGCGUUGGGUCAUCAUAUCACUUGGGCGGCGGUCAAGUGGUGGCUGUUCGUCAAAUCAUCAAACACCCUGCCUACAAUCUCAAUGACCUCGACUGUGAUGUGGCUUUGGUGAGGCUAAGCAAAAAUCUCACCUUUUCGCGUCUAGUAAGGCCCAUUGCAUUGCCAGAGUAUGGCGAUGAAAUUCCAGACAAACAGCCCCUGUUUGUCAGUGGCUGGGGUUUGACAUCCGAAACGGGUUCCGUCGUCUCCAUGCUCAAUCAUGUUGCUGUGAAUUUGAUGAAUCACAGCAUCUGUGAGGAGAGUUAUCGUUAUGUGGCAACAAUUACGGGACAAAUGUUUUGUGCUGGCCUGCCCGAAGGUGGAAAGGAUAGUUGCCAAGGUGAUUCGGGUGGACCAUUGGUGAGCUAUGCCAGUUCGCCACAAUAUGGCAUUGUCUCGUUUGGCGUGGGCUGCGCUCACAAGGGCUACCCAGGCGUUUAUACAAAUGUGGCGGCGCUGCGUCCAUGGAUAGAUGAAAGGAUAAAAGAAAUGACAGAUGCUAAUUAG